AUGGCUGAUGAAAUUGCAUCAGCAAUGGAGCAGGAAAUGGUGGAAGAACAGGCUAUAAAGUGCCCAAGGCCUUCAGCAAAGAGGCAAAGGAAAGGAUCUCCUGACGCCCGAGAAGAAACAGAUAAAGAACGUGUAGACGAUAGUCUUCUGCAAGAUGCACGUAGAAUCAAAGAAAACAUCAGGGUCUACAUGAACGCAACAGACAGGAACGUGAGUGCGAAGGUACAAAAGCACGUUAAUGGGAAAAUUCAGCAGUUAAUAGAUAUAAUGGAGACAAUAUAUGAUAAGAACUAUGAAAAAACGUUUUUAGUACAACGUGUGGUAAAGGACACAUUAGCUUCCUCUGAAAUGUAUGAUAUCAUAGUAAAUGCAUUAGUGGAAAAAGCAGUACCUAUGGUUAUCGAGGGACUCAAGACGGAAAGUAAAACCAUACAAAGACCACUGUCAGAACCUCAGACAUCUCGGGAGUUUCCAUGCGUUAAAGAACAACCGCUAUUAGCCGAUGCCCACGCUAUUAUUGAGACCACGGAGAAUGAAAGAUUCCAGGAAACAAGUGUUCGUUACCUGCUCAGGAUUGAAAAGAGUCAGAGGUAUGGACUUGAAGAGUAUGAUAGUGAUGCUUCUAAAACCUUCUCAGACACAGAUAUAGCCACAAGUAUCGCAUAA